AUGCACAUAGUGAGGCCUGUGUUGGAAACUGGAUAUGAGAAUCUGCUACUUGUGAGGUUGCUGCUGGAGGCGAGAAUACCUUCUAUACGAAAGUCAUCGGUCGCGGAAGGGAUUAUAGUGGAGGGGAUAUUGGAGAAGUGGUCAGAGCUGAAGCCUGUGAAUAUGGAAGAGUGGGGUGAGGAGAGGAAUGCUCUUAUUAAUCUUUUUGGGAAGGUCAGGGAUGAGUGGAUGGAUGAGGACCUAACAACUUGGAUUGGUGCAAAUAGAUUAUAUCCAGGUGUUCCUGAUGCUAUAAAAUUUGCAAGCUCAACCAUAUACAUUGUCACCACAAAACAGAGCCGAUUUGCUGAUGCUUUACUGCGAGAACUUGCAGGAGUUACAAUACCGCCUGAAAGAAUAUUUGGUCUUGGAAGUGGUCCCAAGGUAGACGUAUUGAAGCAGCUUCAAAAGAAACCAGAUCAUCGGGGGCUGAAACUGCACUUUGUCGAAGAUCGACUGGCAACCCUAAAGAAUGUGAUCAAAGAACCUGAAUUGGAUGGUUGGAAUUUGUAUCUAGGUGAUUGGGGGUACAAUUCACAGAAGGAGAGGGAGGAGGCAGCUACAAUUCCCAGGAUUCGGAUCCUUGAGCUUUCUGACUUCAGUAAGAAGUUGAAGUAG